UACUACAGGUAACAUUCUACAUCUGGGCAGCCCAGAUCCUGCCAAUGUAGUAAUCUCAGCUACACAAAUGUAAUCGAGUAGAAGAGCCUUCCUAAAAAAAUAUGGGGAAAAACCAAAACACACAACUGAAAACAAAAAUCAUAAACACUUAGAAACAGCAGCAACUUUCGGCAAUGAAAUGGUCAUUCUUAGUCGAUUGGACUGGAGUGUCAGACCGGAAAUGAAUUCAAACUCAGCCAUUCUGUUAGAAUCUCCUUUUUGAAGUAAGACAACUUUCCAGUUUGUUACAGAAUAUCCAGGGAGACCAAAAUUCUCCCAUCGGUGGUUUCUGAGUGUCACCAUUUUUUUAACGUUUGGUUCGUUUCCUUCCAUGUAUUGACUGAUAUCUUGCAAUGAAACAACCCAGUUUGGCUUAUGUAGAUAACUGCCAGAAGUGGCCUUCUGCUGUGUUUCCUCUUCCUAAGAAUAACAACGCUAUUCGCUCUUUAAAGGGAAAAAAAAGUCAAUAGGAGGCGGGGGGGAGGGAGGAGACAGAUGAUGCUUAAAUAGACCGUGCUCGCUUUCCUCCCAUCCACGUGUCCCCUCCUUAGGCUGCCGGGAAGCAGAGUCCUUCCUCUUUUGCUGAGGACUACGACCCCCACAAUGCACUUCGGCAGGCACUGCGCAAGCGCAUGAGGUGACCUCAAAGGCCCUCCGCUGCCUAGAGGCUUCCGGGAAGUAUAGUUCGGAGCUGCGCAGCGUCUGCGGCGCAGUACGCCGCGGUGGACUCCAUCCCCCAGCAUGCUUUGUGGGGAGGAGGCGACGGCGUGAGGGCAAGCCGACGGCGCGGGGUCAGCCAGUCACGUGCAGUACGAGGUGCGUGUGCCGUUGAUGCUAGAGGAGGAGGAGACGGAGACGACGACGACGACGGUGGAGGCGGAGGCUGCCGCUGCUGCCGCCGCCGCUGUUUCCGCCGCUGUUGCUCUGGCUGCGCUGCGCGGGGGCUGUUUUCGUCGCUCUCCGCGGCUGGGCCCGCAGCGCGCGCCAGGGAAGCCCCCGAGCCGCUCGGCCGGGCGACGGCAGCACCAUCGGCAGCAUGAGCGACAACGAUGACAUCGAGGUGGAGAGCGACGUGAGUCUUUCGCGGCGCUUCCUUCCCGGCCUUCGCUCGGAGUCGGUGCGCCGACAGGGUCUCUCUGCCCGUCUGUGUGUCUCUCAUUGCAGGGAGAGAAGCCGAGGUCUAAGCCCCCGGUGCUUAUCUCUUCACAGGCCUCGCUUCCCGGCCCCCACCCGGCUCCUCAGGCAGAGAGAGAGGCCCGGCGGCCGGAGCCCCUGCCCGGGUUGGCGGAGAGGGGGAGGAGCAGCAGCGGGGGGGGUGUUUGUGUGUGUUGUUGGCAGGCGCCUCGUCCUGGCCCGCAGUCUCGCCUGAAGGGGGAGGAAGAGGGGCGGGGGGCGGCUGCGUCUGGGGUGGGAGAGACAGACAGACACCUGUUUGGGAGAGAUUGUGGCGGUGGCGAGGCUGGAGCUGCUCCCGGGCUGGGCUCCAGGGGAGGAGACUUUUAUCUAGGCCUCGUGCAGCUUGGCUGGGUAGUGAUGGUGGUGCUUGGAGGUGGGGGGAGGCGAAGGGAUUAGAGGGGGAAGCAAAGGACGAGGUGCUCAGAGGGUUUUUUGGGGGGGGGGGCGACUGUGGGCUGAAGGCCAAGAGUGGAGAGUCGAAAAUCUGGGGCAGGGAGCAGCCAUUGUCGUGUUGAAUAUAGAUGGUUCGCAGCAAAGGCCGAAACCACAAUUUUGCAGUGGGGUGAGGAGGAUUGGCUGUGAUGGGAACCCUGGCAGUUUCACCCUUGAGCUGCAUCUCGCCUCCCAGGCCAGGCAUGUGAUGGAAUCAUAUACUGCAGAGGGGAAUUGCCUACAUUGGCAGAAAGCAUGUAGCACUAUUUAUUUCCAUGGGAGUCUGGAAGAGACGAAGACACGCUGUCUGGAGGAGCAGGGGCUUUAGAGAAAAGACAUCCACAAAUAGUCGGGGGUGGGUGUCUUAAAAUGGAUAUCCCUGGUCUGUAGCCUUAUCUUUCAGGGCAGCAAAGUGCGCUGUCUUUGAAAGGCCUCUUUGGGGCUUCGAAGGGUUUUCUGCUUGCAGGAUGCUUCAUGCUGAAGGUUCCAAGAGGGUUGUGGAAGAGCCCCCUCCUGCUGCUGCUGCCAGGGGAUUUAAUGAGCGAGAAGCUGGGAAUUCUCUUAUUUUGGUGUUUAAUCUCCUUAGUGGAUUAUAGUGGAAAUGCUGGCCUCUACAGAAAACUUCCACAAAGCAGCUUACUCUGACUCAGUUGUUGAAUAUUUAAUGUGUGUGUGUGUGUGUGUGUGUGUGUGUGUGUAUGCUACUUGGAUGUGCUUUCUAGCAUCCCAAGCAAUUUAUAGUAAAAGCGAAUUUCAGGUUUAAAGCCUUCUUAUUCUUGAAAUCUACACUAUGAUGCACAGCUUUGUUUGUGACCAUGCAGAACAGCCAGUAAUAGGGUUUUUCUGCAUUGCCUUUGCCUGUUGGAAAGUUUCUUGUAGUGUAUUGUAGCACUAGAAACUUGUGGAUGCUGGUAUACUACAGCCUCUAUAAGAAUUUAAUUAAGUAACUUUGCUUGUUGAGUGUGCAAAGGAGAGCAGUGUUUAAUGUAUAGUCAGCAUUUUAGAAAAAGGGUGGAUUGAUUUCUAAUUAAAGUGUAAAGAAAAAAUGUCAAACUUAAGUCAAGUUUCCUAUUUGAAAACCACAUGUCUACUGCACAUACAUACUGACUAGUUUCUAUAGCAAAGCAUAUUGACUUGCAGCUAAACACAGCUUUUAUACAAACCAGCAGUAUAAUCCAAAACCUUCAGCCAUGCAGUGCAGGUUGGCUGCAAAUAUGCACCUGCUCCAUUAAACAUUAGUUAUUGGGGGGAAAGGAGACUUCACUAAAAAGUGAAUGUCCAUGCUGAUUGUCAAAAAUAUCAAUAAUUUGAAAACUCCCAUUAGGAGAAGGAUGGGGAGGCUCUUACUUCCUGCAACUUCCUCUGUUCCCCUGAAAAGCUCCUCCAGAGGAUUGGUGGGACGGGGCUUUGUGACCCCACCUUCCAGCAGGAGCAUCCAGUAAAUUUCAAUUCCUUCCAUAAACAGGAGUAACUCCUAUGCUGGAACCAUACAAACCUGUGCCCCUUAGGAUGCCACAAAAAAGUCAUGUAUUUAUAUUGAUUGGUAUCAGGUUUCUUUGUUUUUUGCCAAAAUACAUAUUUCCCCUUAUAUGUAUUCUUCUAUGCAUCUUUAAAUAGAAAAGCAUUCUUUUUAACAGUAAAUGUGUUUAAGAGAUUGCCAUGAUUUAGUUUUAAGAGAUUGUAAGUGUAGAGCUUAACAUUUGUAUUAAAUUAGGAUUCCAUUUUAAAGGAUGUUAUAUAAAAUCUGGUUUUUAAUAAUGAAUACUGAUCCACCGUGAGAAAAAUAACUUAGUUGCUGUUGUACAUGCCUGUCCAGUUCAAAUUGCCUGGCUUUAGAGAAUGUACAGAGGUCCAGCUUAAUAUUCACUCAGAUUAACAAAUCAAGGUGUAAGACGCUUUUCCUCCUUGUUGUGCUAAACAGGAAAACAUACCUUAGAAAAAGAAUUCUGUUUCCAUGGUGAAAUAUGAAACCACUGAAAUUCAUGUUGCUAAAGAAAGAAGCAAAAUUAUUUCUACUUACUUUCUGGUGGAUAUUCCUAGGAACAGUAGGUCUACAGAAGAAUUUUAAGCUAUUGAAAUUUUCUUUAAAAUAUGACUGGAUUGAAGGCCAGUGGGUGAUGUUUCACAGAGAGCUGCUAGGGAGUUGACUAAAGCUGAAUGGGUGAGAAAAAUCAGCAUUAUGUUUUCCAAAUUUUGUGUGAAUGGUUACAUUAAAUUUAUUGAUCGUUAAUGAAAAUGUCUAUUUUGUUUUAUUCUGGCAAAUUCAUGUUCGUAAUGAGCAGUUGCAGGUGUUGAGAAACCAGUUGUGUUGGGGGGGGGAGCAACUAACAGGUAGCACUUCACUUGCAUUAAAAGCACUUCAUAUACCUCAAGGAUGUGUGUUGCGUUUAUGGUGUGGUGUGUGUGCUGGAACCCUUCCGGCUACCUGUAGUUGGAUUGUUUUGUUUCAAGUCCUCCCAUUUUUGCAAAUUGACUUUCUAACUGUGGUGCAUUUUUUGAGGGGAAAGGGGCUGUAGCUUAGGAGUAGAGAAUGUGCUUUACAUGCAGAGUGUUCCAGGUUCAAUCCCCAGCAUCUCCAUGUAGGGAUGGGAUAGACCCCACUCUGAUAGACCACUGCCAGUCAGUAUAGACAAUAUUGAGUUAGAUGGGACAAUGGUCUAACUUGGUAUAUGGCAGCAAUGUUCCUGUGAGAUAUUGAACCUUUUGAUUCUUAUGGUGGGUGAGCACCAUGAUAGAAUUCACUCAGUGUACUUGGACUACUCAUUAUAUUUUAGGAGAACAACUUUUAUUUGAGUUUUGUAACAUAGCUACAUAAUGUAAUUUGUUUUUUUUUAAUAAAUAUUUAUUAAAGUUUUCACAAUAUUACAUAAUGAAAAAGAAAAAAUACAAAAUAAAAAACAGUUAAAAACAAUUCCAUCUUUUUGUCACUUAUCUUUCAUUUGCUUGUUUCCCGGACCUCCUCAUACCUCCCUUUUUUGUAUUCCAGUUCAAUUUAUUAGUUCAGCAAUUCCUUUCCCUCCUUAUUUUAUCCUGAUCCUUAAUCUUAAUAUAUUAUAGCAUUAAAUUUUUACCUAUUAAAAAUCCAAUUCUUUCAUAUUCUUUUAUACCAUUACAGCUAGAAACCACUUAACUUCAAUCCAACAUCAUUCUAACAUUCGUUAAUUUUGCAAUAUUUCUGUAAAUAGUCUUUAAAUUUCUUCCAAUCUUCUUCCACCGACUCUUCUCCCUGGUCUCGGAUUCUGCCAGUCAUUUCCGCCAAUUCCAUAUAGUCCAUCACCUUCAUCUGCCAUUCUUCCAGAGUGGGUAGAUCUUGUGUCUUCCAAUACUUUGCAAUGAGUAUUCUUGCUGCUGUUGUGGCAUACAUAAAAAAAGUUCUGUCCUUCUUUAACACCGAUUGGCCGACUAUGCCCAGGAGAAAGGCCUCUGGUUUCUUCAAGAAGGUAUAUUUAAAUACCUUUUUCAAUUCAUUAUAUAUCAUCUCCCAGAAAGCCUUAAUCCUUGGGCACGUCCACCAAAGGUGAAAGAAUGUACCUUCAGUUUCCUUACAUUUCCAACAUAAUAAAUAAUAAAUCGGGCAAAUGGUAGAUUUUUGCAAGCUUGACUGGGGUCAUGUACCACCUGUAUAUCAUUUUCAUAAUAUUCUCUCUUAAGGCAUUGCAUGCCGUAAACUUCAUACCUGUGGUCCAUAACUGUUCCCAGUCAGCCAUCAUUAUGUUAUAUCCAACAUCUUGUGCCCAUUUAAUCAUAGCAGAUUUCACUGUUUCAUCCUGAGUAUUCCAUUUCAACAGCAAGUUAUACAUCUUUGACAAAAUCUUAGUUUUGGGUUCUAACAAUUCUGUUUCUAAUUUUGAUUUUUCCACCUGGAAGCCUACAUAAUUUAAUUUGUGAUGACUACAAAUUCAAAGGCACUUCUCUGUUGUAUUGUGAAUGCCAGUAUGUGAAGGAGAGUGCUAAAUAUUUGCCAAUUGCGUGAGAUGAGCAUAGGCUUGUGGCUGCCAUUCUAUAUAGAAAUUUGGGAGUAUUGUCCCCAAAAGUCAUGUUUCUGAGAAACAUGCUUUCAGUAGCUAGUAGGGCUGAGCAAUGUCUGAAAUAAGGAUGAAACUAUUGUAGAUGUGAAUGGGUUAAUGCUCUGGCAACUGCUACUACCCAGGAGUCUAAAACAGAUACAUUUUUAUUUACUUUUAACAUAUUAUUACAACUGUUAUUUUAUAGUACAGUUGUACCUUGGAUCCCAAACACCCUGGGACUCAGGCGUUUUGGCUCCCAAGCCCUGCAAACCUGAAAGUGAUUGUUCCGGUUUGCGAACGUUCUUUUGGAACCCGGACAUCCAGCGGGGCUUACGCAGCUUCUGAUUGGCUGCAGGAACUUCCUGCAGAAGCACAUGCACACAUCAUAAUUCGUGAUAUAUCACCAUGCCGAAUAUUAUGAACCUGUUACCACAAUGUUGACUUCCAACCAAUUUUGGACAAUUUACUGAUGCAUCGCCUAGCCCUAAUGAUCAACUUAGGCCAAUUAAUUUCAGUGGGGCUACUCUAAGUAAAAGUUAAGUUGGAUACAACAGUGAAAUAAUAAAAUACCAUAAAAACUGACUAUACCACAGCAUUCAUAAAAACCUGAGUUCUUGCAGCUUUGCCUGCAUUAUCUGAGUACUUUGAACUGAUUUUGGACCAUGUAUUGAUACAUUGCCCAGCCCUAGUGGCUACCUAUAUUGCCUCUAGCAUUUUAUAUUUUAUGGGGGUAAUUGGGGCACUAGAAAGCAGAAGUAGACCUCCACUGUUGUUGCACGGUAUCUCCCAUCAUUCCUGAGCAUUGGUUAUGCUUGCUCUGGCUGAUGUGGGUUGGACUUAAGCAACAUCUCAAAGGCCAUAGGCUAGCCCACCCUGUUGUAAAGACCAAAGAGUUCUGUUUUAGGGCAACAUGGAAUACAAACUGAAGUCACAUCCAGCUUGCUAUGUUAAUCUGUAAGUUUUUGGAUGGGUGACUGUUUGAUGUAGGGGUCAACAAACUUUUUCAGCAGGAGGCCGGUCCACUGUCCCUCAGACCUUGUGGGGAGCCGGACUGUAUUUUGAAAAAAAUGUAUGAAUGAAUUCCUAUGCCUCACAAAUAACCCAGAGCUGCAUUUUAAAUACAAGGACACAUUCUACUCAUGUAAAAACACGCUGAUUCCCGGACCGUUUGCGGGCCGGAUUUAGAAGGAGAUUGGGCCGGAUCCGGCCCCCGGGCCUUAGUUUGCCUACCCAUGGUUUGAGUCUUGUCUACUUAGAAGACUAGGGUAAAAUUACUGUGUGCCACAAUUGUCACAUGUGGUUCAAAGCCUGUUGUGCUGCUGUGGAUGCCUGUAAGAGUUGCUUCUUUUGAGAACUGUCUCUUCAGGUUGAGAUAAAGCAUAAUGUUGCGAGGCUACCAAAUGCCCAUUGUGAUAUGAUAAAUACCUAUUUUCAGCUGCCAAAGACGGAGCCUUCAAUGUGCAGCAUUAGGGCUAGAUUUCAAAGGACUUUCCCCAGCAUUUGGUUCAAUGUGGGCCUAGUUGCUGUCAAACUCAUGAUAUGUCUUAACAUACCUACCUGAAUAAAAGACUAAGAUCCCUCUUUCAUAUUCAGCUGCCUGACUCCUGGCAAGUUAUAAAACCAAGAUUGGGUUUUCAGAGCUAAAUUCCACUGUUUCUUUUCUGGUUUGAAUGGGUUCAUAUCCAUGAGUUCAUGUACAUUACACACAGUUCUAACUGUCAGACUCUAUUAAGACAGAAGAAUAUUGGUUUCCUCCCUCUUCUCAGCCCUCUUUCCUUGCCAGGAGCUGAUAUUUUCCUGGACAGUCCAAUGGUUUUGAAAGUAGCUGAUGAGGUAGUAAUGGAGAGUGGCAUGGCAGUGGGCCACCGUACUCUGAUGAAUGGAGGCUAGUGUUUUCUUGCUAUCCUUAUUCGGCAUUUAGUCUGGCAUGUGCCAGCCAGAACUCAUUGGAUUAGAUUUGGCAGUCUUUCCUAAAUGCAAUUCACUUGCUUUGAAUUAUUGCCAGUAGUACAUCACAGUAGGGCCAGGUGCUAUAUCCACUGUUAACUGGGCCUGUUGUUACGAAGUGAUUUGAGGAAACGUGAUGUUUAGCAUACCACAACCAAUGGUAUUUGUGUCACCUUGGCCAUAGUUGUGCUAUUGGGCUUCUCUUAAUAGGAAAAGGAUAGCUCACCUGCAUCACCUUGGUUUUCUAGGUUCCUUAGAAUUCCCUAGAACUACCAAUGAAAUGUACCAGCUAUGAAAUGGGGAGCAGGGUUAUAUUUUCAGUGGUCAAUGUUUUUAUAGUUUGCCUUUAAAUUAUUAUAACACUCCUAAAUAUGGCAAUACAUACCUGCUUGGUGAAAUUAGCUAGUUGAACUGGCUUUUGAGAUCAGCAUCAGUGUUAGAAACUCACAUAUAUAAGCCAGAUGGCACAUUAAACCUAGGUUACAGUCACCACAACUCAAUGUCUCGGCACCAUUUCCCCCUGCCCCCCCCCCGGGAAUUUCUUCUUCUUCAUUUCAUUUCUAUACCGCUUUGUAUUUUAAAGAAAAAAACUCAAAGCAGUUUACAGCACACUAAAACGUCAAAUACAACAAUCCAGAAUAAAACAAAUUCAAGUUUCAAUAAAAAUAUUUCGGAUCCUUCUCUAAGUGACAUUUUGCUUUCUGCAUAUUUAUUUACCUACUUAAUUUAUAUAGCUGCCCCAUAGUAGAAGUACCCUAGGUGUAAUGGUUGGAAUGUUGGACUAGGACCUAGGAGAUCAGGGUUCAAAUCGCCACUCAAUCGUAAAGCUCACUAUGUAACCUUGGACCAGUCACAGCCUCCUAACCUACCUCACCAGUUGGUUAGAGGAUGGUGCUGAUAAUACCAGAGCUGCAGGUUUGAUCCCCAUAUGGAACAGCUGUAUAUUCCUGCAUUGCAGGGGGGUUGGACUAUAUGAUCCUCAGGAUCCCUUCCAACUUUACAAUUCUUUGAUUCUCACGGUUGUUGUAGGGAUGAAUUGAUGAGGGGGGUGAAUCAUGCACUCCUUGGAGAAAAAGGUGGGAUAUAAAUGCAAUAAAUAAGCUCUUUUGCUUACCUGCGUGAGAAAGCUGGAGAAGCCAACCAGAUGGAGAUGUCAGUCACCAACCUGGCAUCUGGAUACAGUGGUGCCUCGCAAGACGAAAUUAAUCCGUUCCGCGAGAGUCUUCGUCUAGCGGUUUUUUCGUCUUGCGAAGCAAGCCCAUUGACGGAUUAGCGCUAUUAGCGCUAUUAGCGGUUUAGCGGCUAUUAAAGGCUUAGGGGAUUAGCUGCUAAAAGGCUAUUAAAGGCUAUUAAAGGCUUAGCAGAUUAGAUAAAGGGGGGGGAAAGCGAAAAAAAAAUCUCUAGACUCGCAAGACAUUUUCGUCUUGCGAAGCAAGCCCAUAGGGAAAUUCGUCCUGCGAAGCAACUUCAAAACGGAAAACCCUUUCGUCUAGCGGUUUUUCCGUCUUGCGAGGCAUUCGUCUUGCGGGGCACCACUGUAUCUCCACAUGGUCACAAUUGGACCUGCACCAGUAGCAAAAUGCACCUGCCUAAUUUCUAACACUGCUCAGCAUGCAAUAAAAUUGCCUGAAUGGACAUGUGAUAACAUAAAUUUUAGAAUAUCUCAGCGCUGCUGUGACUGGCAUUAACAUUUGUUAGUGGCACUAAUAAUUUUAGCAGUACUACCCCAUGAACUGUGGACAAUUAGGCAGUGGCCUUCUAUCAUAUUUGUUUAUGACUCUGUGUUGGGCACUCUCCAGCUAUUUUGCAACCUUUUUUAUGUCUAUUCAUUUAGGCUUUUAUAAAAUUCUUUAAAAUAACUAAAAUCCUAGUUAUUACACUGAAGUAGAUUCUUGUUAUAAGCACACACAUGGCCAACUGGAAAUAGUUACAACUACUGUGGUCCAUGGGAAGAUUCUGUGGCUAUUUGCUGAACUGGUUGUAAGAAAGUGGUGUUAUAGAUGCAACCAGUAAUCAUUAUUAGUAAUCAUUACUACCUCAAAAUUAGCUCCUGUAUGGGAAAGUGUCUGCAACUAGCACUUUGGUCAUUCUGUGGUAACUUGACUACAGUGCAGUGUGUCAGGUAGAGUUAUACCUUCUCUAUUUUAUUCCUCUGGAUGCAGAUAAUAUCACCAGUAUAUUUUUCUUUACCCUAUUUUUACCAUGGUCAUAUUCAUGGCUUCUUAUGUAAUCUUAGAGGCCAGUGCAGCCACUUGGCAACUAGUGUGAGCAGAUUUGAGGCUCUUCUAGUUUCCUCUACUUUCCUGAUCUCCUUAAGGUCAUUUGGGCAGCACUUUAUACAUAUGCAACUGCUUUGCAUUAACUUUUCAGAUGUCUGCAAAGCUAGAAGCUAUGGAAGAUCAUCUCCUUAAAUUGCAUCAUUUGGCACAUUAUUAACAUAGGGACUUACACUUACAACAAUUUGGUGUGUUUUUUCACAUUACUCAAUACCUUAAUUAAAUUGCACAUUUUGUUUUCUGGCGUGGCCUUAAGUAACACCAUAGGACAGUAGUGAGUUUGGGUCCUAGUCCUUUUUCAGGAUGAUGAUUUUUCUUUCUUUCUACGUAUUGGUAUGAUUUGAGUCACUUUCUUCUUUGGCUAACCUUGAAGCAUUUUGCUGCUGGCCAGUUCUUGACUUGAGAUCUCUGAAGAUCGUGUAUGUGAACUUGGAAUUUAGUCUGCCUUUUCACCAUAGCUAGCUUGCCACUUGCACUCUUGAUGCACACAGUUUAAUAACUGUAGAUGGGCUGACAACAAAUAUCAUCGGUAUCCCUUGAAUUUGUUCUUCCUUUCCUUUCCUUUUUAAAGUAGUAACUGUCUGGCAGAUCCAAGUGACCUGUGUGUCUCCUACUUUGCCACCCCAAAGUUCUGAACCUUGUAGUGACCUGUGUCGGAGGAAAAGAUUGGACCACUCCUUGUUUGUCAAGCUCUUCCUCUAACAAGGUGACCUAAAGGGAACUAUGACAGACAGAAAAAAGUUCUUUGUGCUUUGGGUUUGGGGUCCAGCCACACCCAGAGUGCCUGUUUACAUCUGGCAGACAAUUUCUGCGUCUGGAGCUGGGUGUGGGAUCAUUGCCAAACCUGUGUGACUGGAGACUGCCUUGACAUUUGAAAGGUGGGGUUCCAUUAAUCAUAGUUUGAGUUCAGUGUGCCACCGGAAUUGCCUUUAAAAGGCAUUGAGAACAAAAGGUAUCAGUCAGUCCAGAAAAGAGGAAGAGGAAGCCAGAGAGGGCGUAAAUGUGAUGUGCUUCAGAAAUACUUUAAAUGUAUUUUAAAGCUACUUCAAAAAGCUAUCCGAAAAGCACACUGUGAAAACACUGCAUUUCCCGACACACCAUAUUUUUCUAUAAUCAGUCUUCAUAAUUAGAGAGGGAUUAAAUUAAACAGAAAUGAGUCUUUUUCCUGAAGGAAAAAAAUGACUUAAACGUGUGAGAUUUUAAUGAUAAAUUCAGGUGUGACACUUAAAGCAGCAUCUUCUGUUGCACUAUAUUUGACUUUAAAUGGCAUAGACCAUUAGUGGUGUGGUGUCCAUUCUGGUGAGGGAUAGGCAAUAAGGUUGGGGUUUGGGGGUGUUUUUUUGACAAACAGCUCACUUCAAAGGGCCUAAUGACAAUGAUCUUCUAUUUUAUGGUAGAGAAUGGCUAUUGGGAAUUAUUGGAUCUGGGUUGUAAUAAGUGAGUCCUAGGUACAUGGUGGGAGUUGAGGACUAGGGUAGCUGAUCUUGCAUGUGUCAGUAGAUGGUGCUACUCUGGAAAUAUAUUUUCUCCCAGAAAUCCUCUGAGCAGUCUUUGAUAGACUUGCAGCUGUAUUCACAUCCUUCAGCUGCUUCUACUGUGAAAUUUGAAUGGCAUUCUAUCAACAUGGAGCUCCUACAUAAAAAUAAUCCAGGUGUUGAAGUCAGUUUUUUCAAUCAAGGACCUAGCUUUGGAUUUUGAAUGGCAUUGAAUUUUAAAUGUUCAGCUGCGGUGCUAUAGUGAAACAAAGUAGUCCUAUCUUUUCUUUUUUACUAUGAACAGAUAAGGUGAUAUUCCAUGUUUCCUGCAGUGCUUUGGCAAUUGCACUUGAAGUCUCUCUGUAGUGCAGUCCCCAGAAAUUCUUGUUACUGGGAACGGUCUUCUGACUCCCGUCCUUAGCGAAUCAUGGAGCAUAUUUUGAAAUCUUAGUGCUCUCUUUGGGGAUAGAUAAUCUCUAGUCCAGGAGGUGUCACAAAGGUCUUUCUGAACAAUCAUGUGCAGAUGAGUUUGAUCAAGGAACUUGCUGCAGGGCAAAAGCCCACCCUCCUCUUUACUAAUCAUACUUGUUUUGUGUGCUUGCUCUGGACUUGAACAGCCUUGAAUGCUUCUUUUGCUGACCCUUUGUUUCUUUCCCUCUCUUAGCAGAGUUUUGAUUCAAAAUACCAUUCCUUUUUGUUCUGUGCACCGUAAUCUAGCGGGCUAGUGUUCAGCGGCAGCCACAUGCCUUGUUGCCCACUGGGACAGUGAUGAUUCUAAUACUUGUUCUAUGUUUUGUCUGUCUUAGGCUGACAAACGUGCUCACCACAAUGCACUGGAGCGCAAACGUAGGGACCACAUUAAGGACAGUUUCCAUAGCCUGCGGGACUCUGUGCCAUCACUUCAGGGAGAGAAGGUGAGUUUAUUGAGAGAAGUGAUGAUCUUCCCCUGGGUUCUGUCUGUUAAUCACAAAGGAAUUGCAUCCCAGUCCCAUUUUGCCUUAAGUUUCUGAGCAGGAAGGAGCCAGUGCCAAUACAGCUUAGAAGGUACUUCUGCGAAGGUCCCAAAGAGUUUGCAUAUAGAAAUGUUUCUGCUGCUUCAAAAAGCUAAUAGUAAAAUGAAGAUGAAAUAUUGUUGUGAGAAGUAACUUACCCUUCCAUCAAGCAUUUCUAAAUAAUGGAAAGUCUUUUACCACGUGGCUUCACAGGCCUGAAGAAAUGGUGCUUCUUCCUGAUCCAUCUACCUCUUCCUUUAUGAGGGUGAUACAGGAACAUUUCAUUGGCUCUCAGCUUGUGAUUAGUCAUCUGUGUUUGCCUUACCCACAUUGAAAUUUGCUUUUGGUGUAGGGGUGUUUUCAGUUAUUUGCCAUGAGCACAUGACCGCCCCUCAAUCUGCGCUUAGAAAUAUUGGCGUAUAGACUUUCAGUUUAGGCUUGUGACAAACAGUUGAGACGGGCAUCCUUCAGUCUUGAGAACGAGCAAACACCCAUGAGUAGAGAGAUUGUGUGAAUUAGCCCUAGGUGUGCAGAGAAUGUGUGAAGGUUGACUUCCUUGCCUUUCUUCUCUAUACUUGCAGGUAAUGAAUAAAUAAUGCUAGCAGGUAACUUUUAGCUUUCCUUAGUGGUAAAGUGGCUGUUCUAGAAAGGAAUGAGGAAAUUGUGCUCUGUUAAUUACCAGUGGUUACAAUACCUACAGGGUUUUCUGCAGAAGCUCAGUACAAGGUACUGAGCUUGAUAGGCAACAUUUUUUAAGCGCAGUCACCUCUGAUGACACUGUCCUAGACAUUGUCAAGACACACCCACUUAGUACUCAGGUCAUGUAGGCAAAGCUGCCAGAACUCAGGUUUUUAUUAAUGCUGUGGUAUAGUCUGUUUUUAUGGUAUUUUAUUAUUUUACUGUAGUAUCCAACUUAACUUUUACUUGGAGGAGACCCACUGAAAUUAAUUGGUCUACAUUGGUUGUUAGGGCUGGGCGAUUUAUCGAUACGUUGUCCAAAAUUGGUUGGAAGUCCACAUUAUGUUAAAAGUUUCAUAAUAUUGGACUUGGCGAUAUAUCACAAAUCACGAUGCGUGUGUGUGCUAUGUAAAAAAUUGUGAUGUGGGGAAAAUUGUGAAGCCUGUCAUUGCUUCUCUCAUGAGGUCUGCCGCCCCUUGUUGCUUUGUACUAUAAAAUAACAGUUGCAACAGUAUGUUAAAGGUAACUAAAUGUAUCCGUUACCCCAUUCACUUCUACAUAGUUCCAUCCUUAUUUCAGACAUUGUGAUAUAUCGGUGUAUCACAGGGGUCAGCAAACUUUUUCAGCAGACCUUCCCUCAGACCUUGCGGGGGGCCAGUCUAUAUUUUUUGGGGGGAAAUGAACUAAUUCCUAUGCCCCACAAAUAACCCAGAGAUGCAUUUUAAAUAAAAGCACACAUUCUACUCAUGUAAAAACAUGCUGAUUCCCAGACCGUCCACAGGCCGGAUUUAGAAGGCGAUUGGGCCAGAUCUGGACCCCGGGCCUUAGUUUGCCUACCCAUGGUGUAUCGUAAUGCUUAUCUGGUGAUAUGUCAUUUUGAAAAACAGACAUCUCUCAGCCCUAUUGGUCAUGUUCGUGAAUUUCAGUGGGUUUACUCUUAAGUAUGACUAAUGUUGGAUACAUUUCUGUAUUUAAUGUGUUACUUUAUAAGGCUAUGUACACACAGUAAAUUUAAAAUACAGGAUUCCCCACCCAAUUGCUGGGAACUGUAGUUUAUCCCUCCCAGAGUUACAGUUGCCAGCAUUCUUUGGGGAUUCAAAGUCAUGUGCUUCAAAUGUAUGGCAUGUACACAGCCUAAAUUGUUGUGACUUUGACUCAUAAAGGUGGCCUAUAAAUGUUUCUAAAUAAUAAAUAAAUAAAUGUUAGUUAAAAUAUGUGGCCUGCUUUUCUGCUUUUUGAAUUCCCCUUUGAGGUUAGUGCAAGCUUCUGAGUAAAGCGCCUGGAAUUUUAUGCCCUGUUUGGGGAGAUUGAUUGGCAGGGUUUCUUUAUGAUGAUGUCAACUCCAUUGGAGUUCAAAAUAUUUGAAAGCCAUGCUGCUUAUAUUGUUCUGCAUAUCUGGGAUGCAGUGACAGCAUGGGGUCAACACCAGUUUCUGUUUAAUACAUAAAAAUGACAUAAGCCUAUUGUUGAACCCUAGCAGUGGUAUUUUACCACUUAAACACUUUAGUUCCAAUUUAUUUGAUGAACAUCUGACUGUAUUUUCUAAUGCACAUCCACAUUCUGGUACAAAGCCUACUAAACAUUUGGGGUUUGGGUUUAUUUGCAAAUUAGAUAAACAGUUGAAGGGAAUAUCUCACACACUGUACAUAUGUUGGAACCUAUACAGUGGUACCUCAGGUUACAUACAAUUCAGGUUACAUACGCUAACAAUCAAAUAAACAAUAAUGGGAGCUUAUUGUCUCCCAGGUUAGAAUUCAUAAACACCUCUAGCAGAAUAUGCUUUUCAUGUUGACAACAGGAGUUCAUUAGAAAGAAAUGAGAAAAUGGCACAUGCAGUGUGUCCCCCCCCACAUGUUGAGAAUUAAAAAGCAAAUUGCAUUAAAAUUUGUACUGUGUAGCAAUAAUAAUAAUAUUUACAUAUUGCUUUCAAGUGUUUAAAGCACUUCAUAUGCAUUAUCAAAAUUUCAUAUUUACAACAGUUGGUAUAGCCCCCACCACCCAACCCCACCUCUGCAAUAUGGGGGAUGAAACAGAGCCACAUAGUGAAAGUCAAACCAAGAUCUUCUGGCUGGCUUGGAGAGUGGCAUUUUUGCAAGCAAAAUUAACUUAGUAGGGCAGGCUGGACAAUGAAGAAAUGUUUCAUUAUACUGGGACCAUGAACCAUAAAGUACCAAGUUGAUGCAUGCAGGUGCUGGGGGAAGUAGAGUCACUUGGAUUAAUUACUAAAAGUGACAUAUUUGCUGCUGUUUCUCAUUUGCUAAUUGUAGAGACUGUCUUGCCCAACCUUAAUUGCAUUCUGAAGAAAUGCUGCAGCCAUCAAUAGAAGAAGAAAUGGGCAAAUUCCAGUAAAAAAAGGUAUUUCCAAGUCCCAUUAACUUUAAUGAGAGGGUUAAGGACACACGUAAUUUGUCCACCAAACUCAGUGGGACAUAACUUUUGCCAGGUUAUACAUAGUGUCAGGAAAUAUUAAGAAAGAAAAUGAUAAAUGUGGGUCUAUAUAUGCUGCACAUUUUAUGAUACAUUCAUGUACGACCAAAUGUUCCUGGAGCACUGGUAGAGAGGGACAGUACAUUUAGUGGCAGGAUGAGAACAUAGUGAAGCUGGGCAAGAUCUACAUAUAAGCAGGGUUGUUCACAGAACUCACACGAUGAAAGUCCCAGAGGGGAAAUAGUUUGACAGUGGCAAGUACCAGGUAUAAUUCUGAAGAGUAGACUAUAGCUAAAUUGACAACAAAGUUAUGUGGACAGUAUAGAACUAGUGGUUUUUGUUUUGGCAUACAACACUGUCCAGCCAUGAUGGCAAUGUAGAAUACUGUCAACCUUUUAGAACAGAUCCUUUUUAAAACAGAGAAAGAAUGUUGACAUUGUUGCCACAUCAGAAAUGAAACCUUUUUAAAAAAAACCCAACCACAGAGCUUAUGCCUGCCUAACUAUGUUUCCCUGUGAUUGCAUUAUUCUUUAGCUUAGAGAUGUGUGUUCCUGUUAUAAAAACCAGAAGAAAAUGUUAAAAACAGGAAUAUCUGUUGGCAAAUACAAAUGUGACUAUUCAAAAAUUAAAUACAAAUAAGUGUAUUAUUGCCUCUUGUCUGCCAUCUUAUUGCACCACCAUAAAUAUCCUCCUUCUUUAAAUGUUUGCAAUUUGAAAAUGAAACUAAAACUUAACUGCAUAUCAGCAUUGUUUUUGUGUUAUGCAGCUGUUUAGCUAACAAUGAUGCUUUAAAAUAGGCCUGCUUUUUGUUUUCUUUCUUUAAUAAACAGUUUUUUACAGGUGAUGGGGGUGUGCUUUGCCAGCCCUGCUGCUUCCAUUCAGGAACAAUGUGAAGCUACUGAAUACGUAACCGAGCUCAAGUAUUGCUGUCCAAAUCUGUAGACCACUUAGAGGUUAUUACAAUUAAGCAGUAUACAAAUCUCGUAAAAUAGAUGCAACUUUCUGUGCAAGGGAUCCUGGCCCUCUAAAAUCUGCCAUAGCUGCUUAUUCAGGUUUGAGCUUCACAUAUUUUAAUGAGAGCCAUGAUGUCUUUCAUAAAACAUCUUCAGAUAAAGCACACAUGAUAUAAUUUUAGUCCUGCUUACAAGGGGAAAUUGAAGCCCAUCAAAACAAAGCAGUUCCAACCAGUCCUUUGGACAGUACAGCCUGCCUCCUUGACCUUCCAUAGAGCAGGUUUGUCUGAUCCAGCAGCAUCCAGUAAUGGAGAGAGCCUUCCCUCAAAAAUGCCUUCAGACUAGGUUCUCCUUCCUUCCUUUUCUUUCCAGUCUGCAGUUGAAGCCAUCAGCAGCCCUUUUUCUUAUUUCUCAUCCCACUUGAGGCUUCCAAUCAGUAACUUCAGUAUAAAUAUGAGUACUGCAUUAAAAAUAUACAUGCAUAUAUAGUCUACAAGCAGCUUUGAAAAACAUUCCAAGAAUGUUUUACGAACCUGAGUUCUUAUGAGAGCAGGUAAGCAAUUGCCUUGUAUAGCUUCAGGCUGCUGCUGAGUUAGAUGGCCAGCAUUUUGCAGUCCCAGUUGCUGAGCGAAAAUGUAAGCCAGGAGAAGUAUAGGUGCAGCAGAGCACUGCAUUAUUGUUUUAGGAUGAUAUCCAGUGGUGUCCAUACAAGAGUAGAGAGGACUUUUGCUCAUGCAAUGGGCCUUCCCGUUCCUGUACCUCUCCUUCCACCUACAUGCCCCAAAAUCUUCUUUGGGGGCUGGGGGAGGACCCUCCGGAUCCAUUCAGAAGAUGGAGGACAAGGGGUCCCACAAUGUGAGCAAAGAUUUGGUAGUACAGUGUUGAAUUUUGCUGUUAAGUGAUCUGAGUGUCUGUUUUGAUGGUCAGGGAACAUUAUGCUCAGAUGCCAAUAAUGUGGGAAUAAUUUGCAUUUUGCUUUAUCUCUAUGGAGGAAAACAGCAGAUUGUUCUGCGGAUACUGAAUAGCAGUUGGAAGACUCUACUUUGCUGAAAGAGUUCUUGUGAGCAGAAGGAUUUGUUUGCAGAAUUGCUGGCAUGGGGAAUGAUCCAAGUCUAUAGCUCCCUGUAGGAGUUUCAUUGAUUGCUCCAUCUGCUGUUGCUUUAGUACUGGGAACAGGUGUCAUUAGUACAAUUGAUUCAGGAGCUCAGUAUCGUGGGAUUGGAAAACAGUUAACAUAUUCUGAGUCUCAAAGCUGCUUUCUCUAGUGCUGAACUUUUUGCAAGUAUUACAUGGACUUCAAGAUUGAACCUAAGUCAAAUGUGGACUGGGCUGAGGAAUCAGUUCUUUAGCCUCCCUGCAGAAGGGAAUAUCAGACUUGCUGCCUACGUGAACUAGGACUUUAUCUGGUGUGUGUUUUUUCCUACUAUUGCAACAGGCAUCCCGGGCCCAAAUCCUAGAUAAAGCCACAGAGUACAUCCAGUACAUGCGUCGGAAAAACCACACACACCAGCAGGACAUUGAUGACUUAAAGCGCCAGAACGCCCUGCUGGAGCAGCAAGGUGAGUGAGGCUGCAUUAGGGCACUCCAUAUGCCAUCUUAUGGGUAAGGAUACUGUGCCACCUCUCAACAAAACCCUCUGCUAUCCGUGUUUCUCUGCCAGGGAAGCUUCCCCAACCUGGUGCCUUCAAGAUGUCUUGGUCUACAACUCCCAGACUGCAUAUCUUUGCUGGCUGGGGCUGAUGGGAGUUAGUCCAAGAAACCUGAAGGAAACCAAGUUGGGGGAGACUGCUGUAAGGUGUCCAGUGAUCAGGAACUCAUGAAGUAAGGCUGUGGUUGGAGUGAGAAGAUCCAAAGUUUUGCACAUUGGCAAUGAAGCCAUUGAAUACAGUCAUUCAAAACAGCCCAAGGAUUGGGGUUUGCUCUGAGGAGUCUUUCUCCCUUGCCUAAGAUGUACAGUUUAUGCCAGGAUGGUGAUUAUGGUGGGAUCGUUUGAUGGAACAGUGUAAGUGAGUGGCAUGUUCCUGUUCUGAAGCAUACAAAGUUUUCUCAAGCCGAAUAAUUAAGACAUAUUUAAAGCAGACUGGUAUGUUGGUGCUCACAAGGGAGGACUAAUGGUUACCACUAGGCAGAAGUAUAAGUAGCAAGUUUCAUAGUGCUGGAUGUGUGUGGGUGUGCAUGCGUGCGUACACACACACACACACACACACACACAUGCACCCACCCACCCACACACACACAGAGGAUUUAUCAAACCUUAAAGCCCAACUCCACUGCACCUCUGCUUCUGAAACCGGGAACAGGGGGCAUAAAACAACCCAAUAAUAGUUAAUUGCAAAGGUGUGUUGAUGGAAGAUUCAUAGUCUAGCACUGAACUACACUGGUUCAUUUCAGAGUGCAGCAGGCAUUUGUUAGAUUUUUUUUACUCCACUUCUCCUGUUCCAAAAGGAAACACAAGGCAGCUUAUAUAACCAAAACUAAAUAUACAAUCAAAAUUCAGUUAUGGAAACAGUUGAGUAAAAGAGCAACAUACAAACAAUUAAAGAGCCAGUGAACCAACAGCCAUUGCUAAUUUGCAGGCAAGUUGAAAGCUUGCUAAAAAAAUGAAUUUUUUUGAUGGGUAGCAGAAUAAUUUUAAAAAUGGAACCAAACUUCCCAAGACAGAGAGUUCUACAUUCUGUGUGUAACCAGAAGGCUCUCUCUUGUGCAUUGAUGAGUUAAAGUGCCAGAAUGUCCUGGCUAGGACACACAUAUGGGCCAUGGGCUGAGCUGUCAACAGUAUGGCAAAAACUGGAAUUAUUGUGCAUGGCUAACUUAGGUCCAUUAAUUUCAGUGGGUUUACUCUGAGUAGAACUUAGUUGGGUUCAGUCCUAUGAUACAAACAGAAAAGAGAGGGAGAACACAAAUGAAUUUCCCCAUAAUGCAAUUAACAUACUUUCACUAAUCUUUCUGAAAAAAUAUAAUUUAUUUCACAUAAUAUUCCCCAAACUUAUGACUGUUUUUUUUUUAUCAGACCUUAGGAAAAAGUGGUAUAUUUCCAAAACUUUCUCAAUCUUCCCCCAGUUUGGGCCUUAACAUCUUUAGAGGUACCAAUCUUAGUUACAGAACUGAAAGUUAUUUGGGAAUCUUUCUUUUUAAUUUUGAUUUUUAAAAUUGUAUUUAUACUACCUUAACUACAUUUAGUUUUUAAAAAGCAGGGUGUGCCAAUCAAUAACAUUCUGUCAGCCAAGUGUUAAGAUCACCAACAUGAGAGCAUGUUCAUGUUAUGUGCAACGCCUACUUUUCCCCAGCCUAUUUCCAUAUGCUUGUUCUUGCCUUUUAGUUCGUGCCCUGGAGAAGGCAAGGUCAAGUGCUCAGCUGCAGGCCAACUAUUCCUCUUCAGACAACAGCCUCUACACCAAUCCCAAGGGCAGUACCAUCUCCGCCUUUGAUGGAGGCUCCGACUCCAGUUCAGAGUCUGAGCUGGAAGAGCCACAGAGCCGGAAGAAGCUUCGUAUGGAGGCCAGCUAGAAGAGGCCCCUGUUCCUGCUGCCAUUAGACACUCGCUGGCUGCUUAAGGACUUUCCUUUUUUUUCUUUAGUAGAGGCUCUCGGACUGCAGCUUCCCCUGUUCCUUGCCCCUAUGUGGCCCCUUUUGAGUUAACCCAACCCCUUGGCUUGGCAGCUUACCUUCUGGAAGACACCGGCCAUAGCUUGGAGCAGGAUGUAGUUUUGUCUUGUCCUGCCUGAUGGCUGCAAGUUCUAGUGUCAGGAAUGCCCAGGCCAUUCGAUGAACUCAUGAGUCUAUGGUUGCCUGGACUCUGUGGUGACAAUGACCCCUCCAUCCUUUCACUAGAGCCGUACCAGUCACUGUCUCAUCAAAAUAUGUUUAUUUAUGACAACAAAGCCAAAUGUCCCCUGAAGGAUCUUGGUGGGGGAAGGGAAUCAUGCAGAUCCAUGCGAGUGCAUGUCCCUAGUUUCCUGAAGGGAUGGUGCAGGAUUCAGGGUGAAGCAGGGAGAUGGAUUUCCUUUUUGUACUUUGGCAAGUGAUUAAUUGGUAUUUAUUUCCUACUAUGGAAACUCAAUCCGAUCAGAUUCCUCCUCUUGCUGCGGACAUUGGUGACGUGAAGCUACAUCAUACCAUGAUCAGUUCUUCCCUCUUAAUGAAUUUCUCAGAAUUAGAGCCAGCUUUUAUAAUGUAAAUACACACCACAAGCUUUGUUACUUGGUACUAAUAACUGCAUCAAAGUGUGGACCUCCUGCCCUCUGGCAAAUGGGCCAGUUACCCCAUAAUGACUUAAAUGGGCACAGGCUGUGAGUGAGCAAAGGCCACUGUGUGUAUGUGUGCAUGUGCACGCACAUGUGCAUGAGUGUGCAUAUGCGUGUGUGUGUGUGUGUGUGUCGGUGUGUGUGACCUUAUAUUUUUGUCUUCUUCCCACUCUUGUUUGUGACGUUUUCUGAAUUUAGUGUAUACAAGUGUAGCUUGGUCUCUGUCCAGGUGUGAGUCUAUUCCAUGAACUGAAGUAUGUUGUACAUACUGCCCAAGAAUUGUCUUGCAAGUUAAGGCUUCCCUUUACUAUAAGACUAUAAAUAAAAAAGUAUUUUAUCCUUUUGAGUGGUACUGGUGUCUUUGUGGAAACCGAUAGGGGCGGGUAUGCCUCUUGGCAGUUUUGCUUCCACUUUUCUGAUGUUAGAGACAGAAGAAUUUCUAUUCCCACAUGAGAAAAGGCUUAACCUGUUGAAAUAGAAUUAUGAGCAAGGCUUCACAGGCAAACUCAACAUUUAUUUAAGAUCUCCAAAUCUUGCACUU